AUGGCGUCCAGCGAAGAGAGCCCCGAGAUGGGGACGAUUUCGACUCCACCGAGACAGGGACAGAUUAUUAAACACGACGGAAAAGUCUACAAGACGAUCCAGGAGGGUCUCGCAUAUAUCCUAGUUGACCAGAAGGACGCUGAACCGGCCAAACCUCCUCCCUCGACCAAGAACCAGAAAACCACCGAAGGCGAUCGACCGUCCGUCUUCUAUAAUCCCAUACAACAAUUCAACCGAGACCUCAGUGUGCUCGCGAUACGUGCAUACGGAGAGCAUGCAAAGGCCGUCAAGGAGAAGAAAUACCGGCUUAAACACAAGGGACGGAAGGCAAAGGCGAACAAGAUAAACGUGACCGAGACGAAUGCAAACAAGAGGAAGCGAGAGGAAGGUGAUGAAAGUGAGCAUCAGGUGCAGAAUGGCACUCUCUCGAAAAAGGUCUGCACCGGCGAUGAGGUAGCUACAGCAACUGAAGACACCCAGGCACAGGGUGUGCCCGCCAACGGGGCCGAAGAUACCACCGAAAAGGGCGCAAAUACAACGCCUAAACCUUGGGUGCCGUCCUUUGCCAUCCUGGAUGCAUUGUCUGCCUCGGGACUUCGCGCCCUUCGCUAUGCAAAGGAGAUCCCAUUUGCGACCCGCGUCGUUGGAAACGAUCUUUCUGGGGCCGCGAUCGAGUCCAUGAAGCUCAAUAUCCAACACAACAACCUUGAAAAGGUAGUACGGCCGAAUAAAGGGGAUGCUUGCGCCUACAUGUACACUGUUGGCAGAGCUCAGGGAUCCUCCAACGACCCAGGCGGUAUUCCAAAGUUUGACGUGGUCGACUUGGACCCUUAUGGAACCGCUGCACCAUUCUUAGACAGCGCAGUACAAUCCGUUGCCGACGGUGGGUUGUUAUGCGUCACUUGCACUGAUGCUGGAGUCUUUGCAGGAGCUGGAUACCCUGAAAAGACGUUUGCUCUCUAUGGCGGCCUCCCCGUCCGCGGCCCACACUCCCACGACGGCGGACUUCGUUUGAUUCUGAAUGCUGUGGCAACUACGGCGGCCAAAUACGGCCUGGCAAUUGAGCCUAUGCUUUCGUUGUCCAUCGAUUUCUACGCAAGGGUCUUUGUUCGUAUCCACAAGUCUCCCUCAGAGGUGAAGUUCACCGCGAGCAAGACCAUGGUUGCGUUCAACUGCGAUCAUGGCUGCGGCUCAUGGAAAACCCAACGUCUUGCAGAGAAGAAGAAGCAAAUAGGUAAAGACGGGACUCCCUUUUAUAGCUAUAAGCUUGCACAGGGGCCGACUGCUGCGCCAAAUUGCGAACAUUGUGGCUUCAAGACGCAUCUUGCAGGACCAAUGUGGGCAGGACCUUUACAUAACCCACACUUCAUCCAGCGCAUCCUUGACCUAACCGCCGGUGCGGAUAAGAACACAUACCAAACGUGCUCCCGUAUCGAAGGCAUGCUCACCACCGCCCUCGAAGAAGAUUUGGAUAUUGGAGGAAGUGCGAAGGAGGCUACCCCUGAAACAGUGCCGGUACGGGCGACCAAGGCAAACGAAGACGAAUCCUUGCUUAUCCCCCGGGUCGACCCUGCGCUGGUUGAACCGUACCCAUUUUUCUUUGUGGUUAGCAAUCUAUCUCGGGUUCUUCGCACUUCAACAAUGCCCGAAGACCAACUCCGUGGUGCACUACGGCAUCUCGGGUAUAGGUCUACUCGCAGUCAUGCUAAACCCAAUUCAAUACGUACAGAUGCUCCCUGGGAAGUGAUAUGGGAGAUAAUGCGAGAAUGGGUUCGUCUUAAAUCGCCUAUCAAACCUGGGGCACUUUCAGAGGGAACGGCUGGGGCUGGUAUUCUACGACGGAGCAGGCACACGCUUAACCCCGUGUCUGGAGAAGGGCCAGGUGUAAGGGCAUUGAAGCGUGACAUACUUAGCGCAGUUGAUUCCGGGAAGAGUCUUGCAGACCUCACGACGAUGCUUGAGGCUGCCUUGUAUCGCUCAAAGGUGCACCAGUCGGUAGAGACAGCCGAAAAGCCUGCUAUAGAAGGCAAGGAGAAUGAUACUGAGAAAAAGGACAAGGGUACUUUAUCUCGCUCGCCGUCGCCUCGCCCCGAUCCAAGCACACUUGAGGUCGUCUUCGACGAGGCAUUGGGCAAAAAAGCGAUGGAUUCACACCGCAAGAAACGCCUAACGAGGUAUCAAACAAACCCCAGGGCGAACUGGGGCCCGAUUGCGCGAGCUACAGUUAGCAAUGUCCCCAAAGAUUCAGCUAAAGAGUCGUAG